UCUGUGCAUGGACGUAAACCAAAAUCCCGCUUAAUUUCUUCUCAGCUAUAUAACACGGUAUAUACAGGAACACUUUAUCUGCAGUUGAAGUUUGUACAUCAUGUUUAGCAAUCUGAAGAUGUGGGCACACCGAUAUUUAGUGUUUGCGGUGCUGAUGAGUAUUUCGCAUUCGGUGCAGUCGAGAGUAGUCAGCGCCAGUCCUCUAGGAGACAAUUCCGUAGUGAUCAUCACUCCUCAAGACGACAAUAAUCCCGGAGUGGCCACCACUCCUCAAGAAGAGAAUAAUCCCGGAGUGGCCACCGUUCCUCCAGACGAUCAAGAGGACCAAGGCGUUACCUCUUGUAAUGGUUUGUCAGAGUCCGAUAGCUCCAGUGACGGCUCAGAAUCUAGUGACUCCGGCUCUGGUAGUGGAUCCAGCUCUGAUAGUGGAUCCAGCUCUGAUAGUGGAUCCAGCUCUGAUAGUGACUCCAGCUCUGAUAGUGGAUCCAGCUCUGAUAGUGACUCCAGCUCUGAUAGUGGAUCCAGCUCUGAUAGUGACUCCGGCUCUGAUAGUGGAUCCAGCUCUGAUAGUGACUCCGGCUCUGGUAGAAGAUCCAGCUCUGAUAGUGACUCCGGCUCUGGUAGUGGAUCCAGCUCUGAUAGUGACUCCAGCUCUGGUAGUGACUCCGGCUCUGAUAGUGGUUCCGACUCCUCUAGUGGUUCCAGCUCCGGUAGCGACGCCGACUCUGAUCACAGUCCGCCAGAACCUAUUAACUCGUGAAAAUCUAGCGACUCGUAUGCAAGUUCCGAUUCCAGUUUUGCUUCGUCAAAAAGAUUAUAAAUGCUUUUGCAUAUGUAGUUUGAUUUUAUUUGAUAAAU